AUGGCCAGCACCACCACAUCUUCACCAACGACACUGACCUCGCCCGUCCCGUUGCCAACCUCGCGCCCAUCUACCGCCAGGGCCCGAUCAUCCGCCGCUGGUCCUGCGCCGCUCGCCUGCGCACCCCCGGCCGCCAAGCACCACCACCAGCGGGCGCCGCUGCCCACCCAGCCCAACAAGCCCGUCGCCGUCACCGCUGCUGCCACCCCGGCCGCCACCAAGCAGCCCAAGCCGGAGCCGGUGCCGCUUCCCAGACUCUCCGUCUCGGUGCCCCCGGCCCCGGAUAAGAUGACCAUGGCCGCCGUCAUCGCGCCCGCCCACCCCAUGGAGGGGCCCAAAAUCUCCAUGACCUCCAAGGAAUGGGUCAUCCCGCCGCGUCCCAAGCCCGGCCGCAAGCCCGCCACCGACACCCCGCCCACCAAGCGCAAGGCACAGAACCGUGCUGCACAGAGGGCCUUCCGCGAGCGUCGUGCCGCCCGCGUGGGCGAGCUCGAGGAACAGCUGGACCAGUACAAGCUAGACUGGGACAAGAAGGAGUCGGACCUCAAAGACAAGGUUCACAGCCUCGAGCUCGACGUGCAGUCGUUCCGCUCGCGAUGCAUGCUCCUUGAGAAUAUGCUCGAUAGAGAGCGACAGGACAGAAUUAGAGUCGAGACGGAAGCCGAAACACUACGUCGUCGGCAAAGUGAGCACGUCUUUCGGAGCGAGCGCGUCAACAGCGCCCCAUCGCCCCAUGAGCAGCAUCACCGCCAUCACAGCAUGCAGCAGCAGCAUCGCCAGAGCAUGUCCAGUAACAACAGGCUGCCUCGUCCAGAGACUAGCCGGGAUUUUUCCAUUUCACAAAUCAUCACGCCACCUGACUCCAUGGACUCGCAAAACGCAGCACCGUUGGCGGACACGGAUAUGACGUGCGGCGGUUGCACGACAGACGGUCGAUGUGCCUGCGCUGAAGAAGUCCUCGCUACGGCCACGUCGGGCUGUGGCAAGUGCGGGUUCGGAACCUCAUGCCAGUGUCUCGAGGAGCUGAGCCCCUCCAAGCCCCCAACCAAUGAGCUAAAGCGGCCGUCGUCGCCCUCCAAUCAUGGCGCUGCCGGCAAGAGGAUGCGUCAGGAGUCGCGCGCCGAUCAGGAGAUGGAUUUUACCACGGCCUUUGCCCGCCGGCAGUCCCAAAUAGUGGCAUCCCUAGACGCAGACCCCCCGCCGUCUGAUAUGAUGAUGAUGCCGUCGUCAUCAGUGGACGGCAUCUCCUUCAAGGAAAGCUGCGGCUUCUGCAAGGACGGCACGUAUUGUGCCUGCGCAGAUGCCGCCAUGGCCACGCCAGCCAUGACACCGCCCGAAUCACAGCCCAACAUCCCCCGCCAGGUGCAGACGCCGCCGCCGUCAGAGACGGACGUGGCGGCGCCGCAGCCAUUCAUCAUGGAGAUGACGGCUGACGGUGCCGUCAAGCUGCCGCCCAGAAAGCCCAAGAUUGGGCAGGCUGCAAAGCCCGUGGGCUGUGGUGCCGGGGCGCCCGGUACCUGCGCGCAGUGCCAGGCCGAUCCCAAGUCGGGCCUCUUCUGCCGGCUCAUGAAUGCCAAGUUUGGCAAGGAGCAGGGCGGGUGCUGCGGGGGCAAGGGUGCCGGCGGCGGCUGCUGCAAGUCCAAGCCGGCCAAUACGAGCGCGGCGGCCAGCAAGAAGGACGAGGAGCGCAUCACGCUGCCGAGCCUGCCGAGCUUGGGACUAAGCUGCGCCGAGGCGUACCAGACGCUGGCCAGCCAUCGCAACUUUUCCGAAGCGGCCGAUGAUAUCAACUCGUGGCUGCCCAAGCUCAAAGCGACAUCGCGGACGUCGACCUCGAGACAGAGCUCGAGGGGACGGAACGCGAUUGAGGUGGAGGCGGCCAGUAUCAUGAGUGUGCUCAAGGAGUUUGAUAUCCGCUUUGGACGGGAGUGCUAA